AAUCGCCUCACACGUCAAAAUAUCACUAGAUUUUUGUAAAUAAAGUGAAAAUAGGGCAACCAACAAAAAUUUUAUUUCUAUGAAUAAAUAAUUCGUAGUGAAAAAUAAUAAACAUUAAAUUGAAAGGUUAAAUAAAGAUAAAAGUGGUCUUAUUGUUAUUGGUGCUUGAGUAAAGUUAAGUGUAAAUCGUCCAAUGGGGCUUGGUCUUUAUAAAUGAAUAGAAAACUAUGAAAAGAUUACAAAGACAAAAAUGAAUGAAGUAAUAGUAGAGUAUGACUAUACUGCUAAAGAAUCUGAUGAGCUGACAAUAAAAAAAGGUGACAUCAUAAAAGAUGUAGUCAAGAAACCAGGUGGAUGGUGGGAAGGAGUGUUGAAGGAAAAGAAAGGAAUGUUUCCUGACAAUUUCGUGAGACCUUUAGAUAAGGAUGGUGUGGUGUUCAGGAAUAGCAAAGAUGUGUGCAGGAUCAAGCAAUGCAGGGUAGUGUUUUCCUAUAACCAGGACCAUGAAGAUGAACUUAACUUAAAGGUAGGUGAUGUGAUUGAUAUAAUAGGAGAAGAAGAAGAGGGUUGGUGGAGAGGUACGUUAAAUGGCAAGGAGGGAGUGUUUCCUUCGAAUUUCGUCAAGGAAAUUUCUUUCCAACCAAGUCCCCCAAAAAGAGUGUCAUAUGUUCCAAACGAAAAUGAUGCAAAACCCCCCAAGUUACCCGCAAAACCAACGAAACAAUUAUGCGAAGCAACAUACCCAUAUAAGGCGCAAAACGAGGAUGAAAUAUCUUUCAAAGAAGGUGAUAUAAUAACGUUAAUUAGUAAAGAUAGCCAAGACCCGGGCUGGUGGCAGGGAGAAUUGAACGGAAAAACUGGCUUUUUCCCCGACAAUUUUGUGGUACUUAUUUCUAGUGAUAACAAAAGUAGCAGUAAGGAAGAGAAGAAAACUCAUUCGAAAGCAUUCCCCGAUACAGGUGCCAUAAAAUCAGUAGCUUCGCAACGAAAAUCUUUAGAACCCAAAUCGGAAAAAAUUGAUAAAAGCGACUCUCCAAGUCCAGGUGAUAGCAUUCAUAACAAGACUCCUCCAGUUCCGAGCAAAAAGCCUGUAGUCUCGAUCAAGAAGUCACCUUCUGGUUCUGGCACCGGGUUCAUUUCCGAAAUCAAGAAGAAGAUCGUAGACGUCGUAGAUGGAACAGCGAGCAGUCGAAUGACGAUGCACAAGGAGAAAGAAGUAGUGGUAGAAAAUACAGAGAAUGCCUUUGACCAAGUCGAAAGGAGACCUUUGUUGGGCGAUGUUCGGGCUGGCAGAGUCAAAGCUCCCGGUCGUCGUCCACCCACUACUAUAAUGCACAAAGAUGAUUCCACGACGAUGUCCAACGGAAACAUUGUCGAAGCGAACCACCACGACUCGCAGAUGAUAGAUAAUGAAGUCAAACCUCGUCAUAAAAAUAAAGGAUCUCCUCCUCCAUGGCUGGAGGAAAUGAAGCAGAACCAAGUCAAAAGAACUAUGAUGACGUCAAUGGAGGGACAGCCAGGGGAAGUGGAAGGAACGCCUGAAAAAGAAAAAGAGUUGGAUUCACCAAAUUCAAUGUCUCCGAUACAUCCUAAGCUAAAAACGCCUACCGAACCACACAGACCGGAAAAAGGUCCACCUCCACCUCGACCGACCACUACACACAUAACAAAGGACAUUCCCCCAACUCCUAGUCAACCUAUAGUCAUUCCAAAAGAACCCAUUCCUCCCAAAAUAUCUCCAAUGAAACCUGUUCCUUCACCAAGCUCUGGAAGCAUUAGGGUAGUGACCACCGCUGACAUCUUGGAACGACUAGAAGCACUAGAGGAAGCAGUAAGGAAGCAAAACCAAACCAUCGAGGGCUUGAGGAAUCAACUGUUAGUGGAAACCGAGAUGAGGAUGUUGCUGCAGGAGAAGGUUAUGCAGAACGUGCAAGUUUAGGUGUCUUUCAUUUACGCAGUGUCUGCGCAUUUUGGUGAAACCUUUUAUUAUCCAAUUUUAUGCAGUAGUUCGUUUAAAAUACAGGGUGUAGCGAAAAGGUUGUCAUAAAGAGAUAAAAAUCACAUGGUGCAAAAUCAGGCUAAUAAGGUGUGCGAACAUUUUAUUCUCUCAUUUGAACAUUUUUAUUCGUUACAGAGAGUCUGUACACUUUUAUGAAGGGCAUCGUUGAUAUUUUUAAAAUUUAUUCCAAAUAUAGGCAACCAGUAAUACAAAUUAUUGUUUUGCCUACCUCCAUUUUAAUUUCUAGCCUCCACAACUUUGCAAAUCUUAGCAUUCUUAUUUAUAUAUUUAUUUAAAUGUAAUAUUAAAUGUUAGUACCUAUUUAUCUGUUUUUUUUUUCGAUUUAUACAACAGUAUACAAUUUUUUUAUGUAAUUAUAAACAUUCACUUUCAAAAAUAUACAUUUAUUGAUAUUUAACCCUAGAACCACAACUUGGGUUAACUGAGACCUCACAGUGUGGUCCUAGGGUUAAACAUCUCUGCAUCAAUACUUUUGAUACACCCUGUAUUACUCGUAUUUUUCAAAGCAGCUGUAGCUUAAGUUAAUAGGUAAAAGAAGAAAUUGAAUUAGUGAAAUGCAAUUUUUAAACAGUUUUAUAGCAAAUAUUUUUAUAUUUUAUCGAUUAUAUUGAAAAUGAUUUAUAUGAGUGAUAUAUACAGUGGCGGAUGAUGUAUAAUUGAAGGGGCUAUGUAUUUUUCUAAAAGGAUAAUUUAACAAAUAAUUUAUUUGUAGUUUUAUGGGAAUAUGAUCUCAUAAAUCGUUAAGAACGUACAGACUGACUCGCCCUGUAUGUUCCACAUAAUUUAACUAAAUACCUAGCAUUUAUUUCAUCUCCAGAGCAUUAUUUAUAAUAAUGCUAGAUAUCAUUUAAAUGUUUGAAAAAACCCAUUUUUUAGCAGAAUUGACACCUACAUCCCGCUUUUUUCGGCCUUUUAGAUAUUUAAUGGAGACUUCCCUAAUAACACCAAACAUUCCAAGUAUGUUCCUAGAAUGUACACAGAGGACAUUAAAAACAUUCCUGGAAUGUCCUCAAAAGCACAACAAUGUCCCCUAAAUGUCCCAGGAAAGUCCUUUGUCAGCAUUUUAAACAUUCCUUGAAUGUCUUGUUGGAACAUUCCAUGAAUGUCUACGAAUGUUCUUUGGACAUUCACAGUAUAUUAUUUAGACAUUCCCUGGAUAUAGUCGCUGAUGUGACAUAAUACCUCUGAUUUGUUUUUUCACGAGUUUUGUAAGGGAGACUAAAAACUUUUUUUCACAGUCACCUCCUGUUUUCAUAUGAUAUUUUUUGACAUGUUUUGUAGUAAAUUCAACUAUCUAUUUACUACAAAACAUGUCAAAAUUUACAGGUGAAAAAAGGAGAUGACCCUAAAAAUGAUUUUUCGUCUUCUACAAAAUUCAUGAAAAAGCAGAUAGGAGGUAUUGUCACAUCACCGACGAUAUACCAGAAGUAUAUGUGGCCAUACCAAAUAAUACAUCCUUGAUAAAUAUAAACAUUUUUAUUUCACAAAAUCUUGUCAUAUAUUCUUUUCCAUAAUCAUCACUACGAUGAUGAUUCAUUGUAUUGAAUUGUACGUUACAAUUACAAUCUGGCCAUAACUUACCAAUGAGCUAUCUUAAUUUAACCUAAAUUACUACUGUUCCUUAAAAUGAAGAGCUUACCCCAUAACGUCUCUUAUCUAAUCUAACAAGAUCCUGCACUAUUCUAACAUACACAGGCACACAAGCACUAUGCUCUGCUUUUCACUAUCACCUAUCACUCAAACUAGUUCAAAAGGCUUUGUCCUCUUCAAUCUUCUAGAUUGCCCAGUAGUAUCGAGGAGCUGGAUUUCCUCAAUAUUCUCGUAGUUAUGAAGUUGUUGCUCGUGACUUCCUGCCAUCUUCUUGAUGAUUAUAUCCAGGUUCCAUUUCUAGGUCCUUAUAGAGAUCACUGCUUGUCACAUACCAAGGAGCAUCUACAAUACUUCUCAGUAUUUUGUUCUGGAAUCUUUGUAUAAUUUUUAUAUUACUUGGUCUAGUAAGUACACCCCCAUAGUGGGCAUCCAUAAGUCCAUAUAUGUCUUAAUAUUUGUUUAUAAAGUAAUAACUUAUUAUGCAUCGACAAUGUGGAGUUUCUUUCAACUAGCCAAUACACUUUUUACAUAAUAUAUCUUUCUUUUGCCUCUCAUAGCCACAAGGCUAUACUUUUCCUUCCUGGUUUUUUAACUGGUUUAAAAAUCAAAAGAAAUAGGUACUAUCUACAGGUAAUAAUAUGCAUAAAUACCUAAUUCGUUUCAUAAAGAAUAAAGAAAAUUGAAACCGGAUUUUAUAAUACUUACAUAAUUGUUUAAACAAAAGAGAUCCAGGCAGAGCAAAACUAACAUACAGAACAGCAAAAAAAGCCACUAAUUCUAAUUUCCAUUUUUCAUCCAAUCAUAAAUGUUUAGGUUAUCAUGAAAAGGAAAUAUGAUGGUGAUGACAACGCCGCACGCGACCCUACUUACAUAGAACACGCGCGGCAAAUUUGAAAAUGAACGCAAACUGAAUAGUUAAUGGCCUCACUUAAAAUAUAGGACAUUAUUAGUAUGUUCAUAGAAUGUCUUGUGGUAACAUUCCACCAAUGAUUUAAUCAGAUGUUCACCGAAUGUUCCUUGAAUGUCCAGGAUAUUCAAACAUUAAUUGAACUUUGAUAGUACAUUCCAGGAAUGUUUUGUGUUAGGGUUAGUCUACGCUUCAUUUGUUGUGACCUGGGAGUGACGUCAAAAGCUGCGUUGCCAACUGUUCAAUUAAUUUUUAGGAAAUAUCUUAUCAGUUGCCAUCUAAAUACCCUACAUUCCGCUUUUGUUCUAGCUUUUUAGAUAGUUAAUGGAGAGUUAGUCUACAUUUCAUUUGUUAUAACCUGGGAGUGACGUCAUAAGCUGCGUUGUUAACUGUUCUACCAAUUUUUAUGUCAUUAGGAAAUACCAUAGCUGUUUAUAGAGCAUAAACAAUGUUAUAUCAGCAAAACUGUCACGUCAAAAGAAAAGGCUGAAUAUUUUAAUAGCCAAUAAGGAUAUUUUUACACAUUUUAUUAUUAUAUCUAUAUUUGUCUUAAAAUGGAUAGUAAAAAGUUAAAAUGGCGCAGAUUAUUAUUGCUCACAUUAUUCGCUGCCUUAAAACGCUUCUGAUUGUUUUUUUUUCUUUUUAAUGAUUUAUUAUUUACAAAUUAGUACUUAAAAAUAUAUAAUUAUAUAUAGUGUACAAAACAAAACUAAGUCGUUUAUAACUAAUUUAUGAAUAAUCGGGAGAUCGUGAAAAAUCUCACAAUAAUCUUAUGGACAACAAUUUUAUAGGUAGGAGCUUCAAAAAAUUAAUGAUCUAUAGAAGUUUAGGCAUUUUUUCGCCAAAAAAUACCGCACACAUCUUAUGGACAAUUUUAAAUGAAUAGAUUCGUCGCGAAAUUACAAUUAUUUCAUAUCGUUGCGCCAAUAUCGUUGCUAAUUAAAGUUUACGGAAAUCACAUUUUUGAAGUCCAUAAAACUGUCUUAUUCAUAAAAUAAAAUGGUUUAAAAUAUAUUAUCGCUAUUGAAAAUUGAACGCUUAGCCCAGCGUAAGGUUGAUCCUUAUUUUCCAGUCCGUCACUGGAAGUGCAUUGUCAUUUAUUAUCUAUUAGAGUCCGUAAUACCUGUAGAAGGAUUUACCAACUGCCUUUUCACAAAAUAUCUCUUUUCUCACUUUAGAUUUAUUUAUAUCAAUUUACGCCGUUAUUAAUAGAAAUUCAGAGUUGGUGUAAUGAUAUGAAAUGAUUGUAAUUUCGAGAUGAAUCUAUGAGUAUUCAUGUAAAUUUUAUUGUGUUUGAGUAUUAUUACAUUUUCCAUAAGAUGUGUGCGUUGUACUUUGCUUGCUUUAUUUCCAAUAGUUUAUAAAACGUCAAUAAUAAACAAACUGUUCAAAAUUCCAUGUAUACGAUCUGGAGGAUCGUAGAAAAUUUUCUGAUGAUGGUCUAUAUUGAUCGAUUAUUGUCAUUGUGACAAAUAACAGUGUUUUUAGAGUAUUUUACAUAAUAGUUAACAAAAUUAAUCACAGAAAAUUAUUUUUUUUUUCAUUUCUAUAGGUCAUUAAAAUCGCUAUACAAACGGUACCCCUAGUAAGAUAAGCAAAAUGUCCCCCUCAUUCUCAGAAUUCAAUUUUUGGAUUUUUUUUUUAGUUCUAUAUGAUUAAAAUAUGACUCAAUGGCACGUUUCAAAGUAUAUUCGUGAAAAACAUGAGAUGAUGUAUUUCCAGCUGUAGAGAAAUAUGUGUGACUUCAUCUGAUACGAAAAACCCCGUUUUCAAAUGUUUUUGGAAGUUUUUUCCGGAUUUUUUACCUUGUGCAUUUAAAAGCCGCGCAUUUAAAAAUAACGGGGUUUUCGAAUGUUUCUAAAAUCCUUUAGCUUCUCUGAAUAUGGAUCAUCUCAUGUUCAUUUUAUAAAAUAUUUGAAACCAUGUUGUUUAAUGAUGUAUAAAGUUAAAAAAAAGUUGGGUAAAUUCAGUAAAAAUCCCACAAAAACCUCUGAAAACCUAGUGUUCGAAUAAACUAUGGUUGUAUUUGCCUCUUUGAUGCCUGAAACUAUCAUUUUUUAUAUUUUUUGGAUUGGUGAUGCACUAAUUCAGUUUGCAUUGAUCUAAAAAAUAUGAUUAAUUUAGCAAAAAAACUUUAAAGUCCUGAAAACAGGGUUUUCAAGACAAUUUUUGAAUGCCCCAUAGGAAUCAGUUACUUAAAAUUAUAUAGGUACAACCUCUAAGAAAAUUUGAUUUGAUCUAUUUUGCAGUCUAUAAAAUGGGGAAAAUCUUCAAAACCCCUAAAUAUCAGUUUUUAGGUCUUUAAAGGUGGCACACCUUACGGAAAAAUCUGCAACAAGAUCAGAAAUAUAUAUAUUUUGAUAUAAUAUACGAAAAAAAAUUAGAUCAAAAUUAAAAUCUCCAAAAAGAAAAGUUGUACGCUUUUUUUUGAAAAAAAGAAUGUGUGUGUGUACUUUGUACUCACGUAAGAAGUUAUACUUCUAUUAUAUAAUUUCAACGAAAUUAAUAUCCUUUAAACAGUUUAUUUAUAUUUUAUUUAAAUAUUAAACUAAUUCUAAUACUUACUACUUUUCAAAAAAAUUAAAACAGUACCAAAAAUUAAAAAAAUAAAACACACACAAACACAUUGAAAAAUGCCACAAAGGAUUUCUGAACAAUAAUUGUCGGAAAAAUUGUUAACUAAAUACGUAUUUUCUGAAAAAAAAAAUAUAUAAUAAAUAUUCUUACAAUCAUAAAAUGUAUAAAAAUAAAUAAAAAAUAAAAGUUUCUCUUGGGGUUCGAACCCGCUUAUUUUUGCGCAGUUAGUAUUGGAAAUCAUUCAUCUUACACUUUUACCCACGGAGACACAUGCAUUAUGUGGGAAGAUCGACGAACUAAACAGUUUAAACUUUUGACAGUUCUGAAUUUGGCCAAAUUAUUUUGAUUUUUGUAGAAUAUUGAAAUAAUAAAAUAGGUACAACAAAACAUAGAGCAAUAAAACAAUAUAUUAGGUGAAUAUUGACAGAAAUUUUGAUGGUAAUCAAAUUAUGUAAAUCAUUACAUACUAUUUUGAUAUGUUCAUUUUAAAUUUUCCAAAUAGGUAGGUACCUAUGUAAUUUUUUAUUAGGAUACUGAAACAUUUACAAUUAUUACGUACCUGUCGCUUUUAAAAACUAUUUAAAAAGUCACUACAAUUAUAAACUUAUUUUUUUCUCUGCCAUCACAAUAAUAAAAACUAAUAUACACAUUUGUUUAUCCAUAAUAUCCAACAAUUAUUGACAGAUGAUUUUAACACCCAAUCAGAUCCCUUAUAACGUUUGAGCGACUAAUAAGAUAGCGUCGGUGUGCGCAUGCGCCAGGGAAUGUAAAAAUUCACUCUCGUGUCUAAAGCAUAGAGGUAUAUAUUAACAUAGAGGGAGCCUACCUUCCGCGCUUCCUGACGACAAGAUCUCAUGGACUGGUUUGCUGCAUCUCUUUCUAACACAUUGUAUCGAAAAUCUAUGAUGACAUUCAGUGUGAACAUAGGCACGGAAGAGGAGGACAACUAUAGCAGCUUUACUGUGCGUAAGAGUGAAACAGCACUAAUCCAAAUAAAAAAGAUGGUGUCGUCACUUCGCUCUGAAAGACACUCUCUCUAUGUUAAUAUAUAACUCUAUGGUCUAAAGAAGUAUAACUUCAAAAAAAUUAAUUUUUAGGUUGUGUACACUAGAGAUGUUGAAAAAGUAUCUAUUCGUUACAAAGUACUCGUUACUUACGAAUAUUGAAAGUAACGAUUACUAUACAGAGAGGCAAAUCGCUACUUUGAUUACUUCGUUACUUCAUACCAAUCGUAUUAGAGCGAGUAACGACUAUUGUAUCUACUUUUGAUUACUCUGAUUACUUCGUUACUUUCUACCAAUCGUAUCCCAGCGAGUAACGGACGGGACCGGUAUUUUACGAGUCUUAUCGAAUAUCGUUAUCGUUAUGAAGCGUUUUAAGGGUGUGAGGGUGAGGAGAAGAUAGAAGAUGAAGCAGAGGGAGGUAUAAUGGUAUACGUAAAAUAUGUAAUGUAUGUCAUUAACAAAAAUCGAAUGCGAAAACCCUUUAUUUUUAUCUAGAUCUACGCGAUUUGCCGAUGUAGAUUAGAUAGUAGAUAUUCACAGAAUGAAAAUAAAAAUAAAACACCUACUGAGAAAUACCAUUCACGAUAUGAUUACCGGUUCAAAUACAAAAGUAAUCAUAGUAAUCAAAUCAUUUUUAUCCAUUAAACAGAUCGGUGCUACUGAGAAAUACGAUUCUCGAUAUGAUUACCGGUACUCAAAUACAAAAGUAACAAAAGUAAUCAUAGUAAUCAAAGUAACGAAUACUGUAAAUGAUUACUUUAUACAAAAGUAACGAUUUGUAACGAUUACUCGAAAGUAACUAUAAUCAACAUCACUAGUGUACACUCAAUCUACGGGUCUAUAAAAUAGACAAGUUUUGUAAAAGCCUCAACUGAGCGUGUGAAUUUUUUGAAAUUUCAAUAUUGAUUGCAGCCCAUCGGAAAAAAAUAAAAACGAAAAAGUUACGUUUUUGGGGGUUAAGAAAGGGGGUCGCUGGCUAAAAAAAUUACACUGAGUCUUAUUUUUUAUUCACAUAGAACGUAAAAAAAGUUUAAAAAUUAAAUUCUGGCCGUGGGGUCAUUUUGCCUAAAUUAAAGGGGGCACCCUUUGUUUUUUAUUGUUUCUGUUAUUUUUUUUUUUUCUUUAUUGUAGCCGUUUAUAUGCAUUUCUAUGGUUGUAAAACUAUUCAGUAUUACCACGACGAAGACUUGAAUAUAACUCACAUAUAGUAAAUAUUUCACAAACCUCUUAGAAUACUUAAAACGCAUAUGACUGUCAAAAUGAUAAAUUCACUGAUACAGAUAAUUCUGAAAGUGGUCAUUAGUGUUCAAAGGCUUCUUGUGAGAUGUUUUUAUUUUAUAGCUAAGCCAUAACAUAUGCUAUGUUUACAUUCGUCCAAUAAUAUUUAUUUUUUGUUACUUGUUUUUAAGUGAUUUUUAACAGAUACAAUCUUUCUAUUAUUGUAAUUAUUUUAUAAUGAAUUCCUUCUUGUAAUUGUACCUAAGAUAAUUUACGGUUAAGGAAAAAACUUUUUAAUUUGUUGUGAAGUUGAAACUAUUUUCAGUAAUUAAAGAAAUAUUUCAAGCUG